GAAGCCGAGUCCGACAAAGCACGCUCGGCCGGCGAGGCGAGUGAGAGUCAACCCAACCAUGGAGUCCGGCGGUGCAGGCGAGGUGCGGCACUGGAACGCCGACGUCAACGGCGUCUCCCUCCACGUCGCCGAGCAGGGCCCCGCCGACGGCCCGGCGGUGCUCCUCCUCCACGGCUUCCCGGAGCUCUGGCUCUCCUGGCGCCACCAGAUGGCCGCUCUCGCCGCCCGCGGCUUCCGCGCCCUCGCCCCCGACCUCCGCGGCUAUGGCGACUCCGACGCCCCCGCGGACCCCGCCGCCUACACCAUGCUCCACGUCGUCGGCGACGUCGUCGCGCUCCUCGACCACCUCCGCCUCCCAAAGGUGGUGGUGGUGGGGCACGACUGGGGCGCGCAGGUGGCGUGGCACUUCUGCCUGUUCCGGCCGGACCGGGUGCGCGCCGUCGUCGCGCUGGGGAUCCCGUUCUUCCCCCGCUCCCCUCGUCCGAUGGCGGAGAUGUUCGCCGCGCGCGGCGAUGGGUUCUACAUCACGCAGUUCCAGGAGCCUGGAAGAGCUGAAAAGGCAUUUGCUCGGUACGAUGUCGCAACUGUCCUAAAGAAGUUCUACUCCCUUCAAUUAGAUGACCUUGCUGCCCCUCCUGGAGUAGAGGUCAUAGAUUUUUUUGAGGCAUCAUCAUCCCCACUUCCUUGGAUGUCGGAGGAAGAACUGGGACAGUAUGCCGAGAAGUUUCAGAAGUCUGGCUUCACAGGACCCCUCAACUACUACCGCGCCAUGGACACGAACUGGAAGCUUACUGCGCCCUGGCAUGGUGCAAAGAUCAUGGUGCCUGCGAAGUUCAUCGGGGGUGAGAAGGACAUCGGUGUCGAGUCCUUUGGAGUCAAGCGCUACAUCGAGAGCGGGGGUUUCAAGUCCAAUGUUCCUGAUCUUGAGGUUUCCAUCAUUGAAGGACACCAUUUCCUCCAGCAAGAGCAGGCCGAGAGGGUGAACUCUGAGAUACUGUCCUUCCUGGACAAGCUUUCUGGAGAGGAAGCACAUAAUAAGAACGAAGUUGGCGAGGAGGUGGGUAACUAAGAACCGAGUAAAAACUAAAAAGAUAGUGUAUGAGCUUGUUUUAGAUUGUGAAAGUUGUCUUUUCUAAACUGAAAUAUAAAGCUGGUGGACCGACAUACUCAAAUAAAUGUCAGAGAUAGGCUUCAAUAAAGUGUACUCCUGGUUAACAGAAUACAAAGGGGACCUUCGAAGGUGAACUCCUUUCUAAUGUGGUACUCCCUCCGUUUGAAAAAACUUGUCCCAAGCUUGUCCCUUAAAUGGAUGUAUCUAGCACUAAUUUGAUGUUAAAUACAUUUAUUUGGGGGACAGGCUUUUUCGGACGGAGGGAGUAUGGAAUAAGAUUGUGUUGGAAUGUAUAGAUUCUAAAAUUCUAGUUGCUGAGCAGCCUAUGUUCGGAGAUCUUGUACUGAACAGUGAACAUGGAGAUAGUAUUGAAGAAAAAUGGCAACUUAAUGUUGCAUAUAUCCUUA